UCUUCGGAUUGACUCGGGUCUGCUUCGUUAUGGUGGCCGUCCCAACAAGCGGCUGGGAUCCAGACGGGAUUAUCUGACGCUACCGGACUGACGGACGGUGUUUAUGGCUCCGGGCUUCGUCCUCCACCCGGACCGUCUCGAUCCAGUUCCCAUCCAGACCGACGGUAGACCGGCUGAGGGACGCUCUCCUGGCAGCUGGCUGCUCAGCCUCUUAUCCUCUCCUGGCAGCAUCAUUCAACCAUCCAUAUUAACGGCAUGACGGAAGGAACCCGGCCCCUUCACGUACCGGCUGCACGGUGAAGACGCGUUCACGGACACCGGGGAUUUUGAUUUCUGUCACGUCAAACCGUCAUCCAGGUUUUAUUUGUGUCUGAGUCUCUCUGAAGGGAUUUUGACAAUGCGGGUAAAGGGGGAUGAACCCCUGGUACCUUUAUUUACAAUGACCCCGAGUCAGUUUCAAAACAAAGAAAAGACUUUUAAGAAGGUUUUAACAACUGAAGAAAACUGGAGAAAUUAAGACUAAAUUGAUUGAAUUAAUCAACAUCUAUAGUGGAAAAAAAUCUCAAGAUAAAAAGGCAAAAUGGUGUAAUUCCAGCUUCUUAACACUGAAUAUUUAUUAUUUUUCAUGACAGUAAAUGGAAUAACUUUAUGUUCUGGACCAAACAAGACAUUUCAGAACAAAAUCUUUGGCUUCAGGAAACUCUGACUGAUAUUUUUGCAUUAUAUUCUAUUAUAGACCAAACAGUUUAUUGAUCAGUUGAGUACAUAAUGGUGAGAUUGGUCGACAGUGACUCAGUAGAUAAACACAGAUAAUGUUUUUCUCCUGAGGACUUUCUUCACAUUACUUCCACUCAUCAUGUUGGACCUCUGGAUCUGAUGCCGCAGCAGAUUCUCAAAGAUUCACGACUCAGGAGCAGCUUUGAUCUUUGUGACACCAUGAUGGUCAGGUCCAGGACUACUGUGGUCUAACUACUGUGGUUCCCCCACUGGGUGAGGGCGGAGCGUAGCCAUGGACUACCACGCCGAAUGCUGCUUCUGUGACCCUGAGGAAGGUCAUGGAGGGCCAGAUGACAUGCCGCUCCACAGCAUCCAUGCACCGAACCGGAUACGGCCGUCAUCCUACCGGGCCCUGAGGAGCGCCGUGUCCAGUCUGGCCCGCAUCGAUGACUUCUUCUGCGAGAAGAUCGGCUCGGGGUUCUUCUCCGAGGUCUUCAAGGUGCAGCAUCGAAUCACAGGACAGGUGAUGGCGCUAAAAAUGAACACGUUGGCGAGCAACAAGGCGAACAUGCUCCGAGAGGUUCAGCUGAUGAACAGGCUUUGCCAUCCUAACAUUCUCCGGUUUCUGGGUGUUUGUGUGCACGAGGGUCAACUCCAUGCUCUGACUGAGUACAUAAACGGGGGGAACCUGGAGCAGCUGCUGGACAGUGACCUCCACCUGUCCUGGGCCGUCAGGGUCGGUCUGAGUCUGGACAUCGCCCGAGGGCUGCAGUACCUGCACAGCAAGGGUAUCUUCCACCGAGACCUCACCUCCAAGAACUGCCUGGUUCGCUGUGACAGCGGCAUGUUCACCGCGGUGGUUGGAGACUUCGGCCUGGCAGAGAAGAUCCCCAACUACAGUGAUGGUGUGGAGAAGCAGCCUCUGGCCAUCGUGGGCUCCCCCUACUGGAUGGCUCCAGAAGUUCUGAGAGGAGAGUUGUAUGAUGAGAAGGUGGACGUGUUCGCGUAUGGCAUCAUUCUGUGUGAAAUCAUUGCCAGGAUUGAAGCUGAUCCUGAUUUCUUACCAAGGACAGAGGACUUCGGUCUGGACGUGGAGGCGUUUGAGAACAUGGUCGGUGACUGUCCUCCUGCCUUCUUCAGCCUGGCUGUCACCUGCUGUAACAUGAGCGCAGAGCGGCGUCCGUCGUUCGCUGAUAUUGUCUACACACUAGAGGGGAUGGAGGUGGAGCCGGAGGUGGAGACACCCAUCGCUCUCGAGCCCGUUGUGGUUGACAUCAGCCCGUACCGCCGCCGCAGCUCUCCCUGUCACUAUGGCGACCGCAGCCAACAGCGGCAGGGCUUGGCGAGGAGUCAGUCAGACAUGUUACCUCCAGCCACUUUAACCCCACCUCUGCUGGGGACUCCUGCCAGGGUCAACCCCUUCUCCCUCAGACAGGACCUGAACGGGGGGAGGUGUAAACUUUUAGACACACCCAGUAAGUCGGUCAUCUCCUUGACCUUCACACUGCCGGCUCUGCGUGACCCCUGCGCCUCCCCCCACCUUUUCAGGGCAACACCGGGAAUGCGGGCGCCACCGAGGAGGUGCCAGUCGCUGCCCUGUACCCCAGAACUCGGCCGGACUGUGGCUUUGCCAAGUGGCCGAGAUGGGGAGGAGGUAAAGGAGGAGGAUGGACAGCUUGAUGAAGAGGCAACAGAGGACGAUGCAGUGAGGAAGAAGGAUGAAGAUGAGGAGGUGGAGCGUGUGGAGGAGAGGGAGGAGGGAGAGUCGGUAAAGCAGCAGCAGCAGGAGGUGGAGGUGGAGGUGGAGGUGGGUGAGGUUUCAGGUUUUCCUGUCGAGCUGGAGAUGGUGUCUCUGGAGCGAUUAGAUGAAGAAGAGGAGGAGGAGGAGGAGAGUACUUGUCUAACAGAACCCAUGGACUGCACCAAGUCUCCUGAACCAGCAGAAAGGGCGCUGGACUCCACCCCAGCGCGACCUCUGCUCACCUCCACCUCCUCUUUACGGACAAACGGUUGGGGGCUUCCCAUCUCCAACGGACCGCCCUCUUUGCCUCCUCUGCCUCGACUGGACAACAACAACGGCUCAGCCCUGGUCCAGCCGGUGCAGUGGGGCGGUGCCGGGCGGGCUAACGGUUACAGCGGAGCCCAGGUCCUCCGCUCAGAACCCACUGGCCCGUCUGAACAGGAUGAGGUCCUCUCUUGCCCGGGUUGCUGUCUGGUGGGCCUGAGUUUCCCCUCGGUGUGCCUCCGUGGUUCAGCCGCUGUGUCCGCCCCCCGCCGCCGGGCUUCGUUACCACGGCAACGGCCAUACUGGAACCUCAACGGUACCAUAACUGGCGGCAGUCCGUCCUCGUCGACGGCAGCCGCCACAGCAACCAAAGCUCUACUGUGUCGCAGCACCAACGGACUGGUGGUGGCUGCGCCCUCGGUGCCAUGUGAGCCCGGCCGAUCCCUCCCAGAGGCCCAAAGGUAGACCGGGUCCAGGAGAGGAGGAGGCGCUGAACUUGGAACAUGCACCAGCACUAAACUUCUGCAGAAGAAACAACCAACCAUGCUACUAUACGACCACUGAAAACCACUCUGAUGUGAGAGAUGUGUUGUUCAUUCUGUG